AUGGCCAUCCCUGCAGAGUCAAUACUAUCGUCUUCCACGGAAAUUGCUGUGGUAGGCCUUGCCACCCGGUUCCCCGGGGGGGCCUCAGAUUCUACCAAAUUUUGGGAGUUAUUGCACAACAAGAGGUCUGCCUUUAGCAAGGUACCUUCCGAGCGCUACAAUUCAGAUGCAUUUCACUCUGCGGAGGGCGGUAAACUGAACACGUUGAGCUCAUCGGGUGCUCAUUUCUUGGAUCAAGAUCCUGCAGCAUUUGAUGCUCCUUUCUUCAACAUCACAGCUCAAGAGGCCAAGGCAAUGGAUCCAGCAGCACGAAUGCUGUUAGAGGUCACCUACGAGGGCCUUGAGAAUGCCGGUUUAUCGGUAGAAGACCUGGCCGGGAGCGACACAAGUUGCUAUGUGGGUUGCUUCACCCGCGACUACCAUGAAAUGCUUAUGCGUGAUGCAGAAACCGCGCCUAUGUAUUCUAUUACAGGAACGGGUUUCUCUUUACUCUCUAACCGUAUCUCCUGGUUCUACGACUUCCGGGGUCCUAGUAUGACGCUUGACACAGCUUGCUCAUCCAGUUUGGUUGGACUUCAUCUUGCAUGCCAAAGCCUUCGCGCCGGCGAGUCAAAGGUAGCUGUCGUUUGUGGAGCGAAUUUACUAUUAAGCCCCGAUUUGAGCUUAUGGCUCUCUAACUUACAUAUGACAUCCAAGGACGGUCUGUCAAGGUCGUUUGCUGAAGGCGUCACGGGAUACGGGCGUGGAGAGGGCAUCGCCUCAGUCAUUUUGAAGCCCCUCAGCGAUGCCUUGCGAGAUGGCGACACCAUUCGGUCUGUUAUUAGAGGCACCGGAGUCAAUCAGGAUGGUCACACGACAGGUAUCACAUUACCCAAUAGUGAUGCUCAAAUGAACCUGAUCAAGUCAACAUAUCAGGCAGCCGGGCUGGAUUUUGCCGACACCUCUUAUUUUGAAGCACAUGGCACUGGUACCGCAGCUGGAGAUCCGUUAGAGCUGGGCGCUGUCGCCAAAACAAUCAGUUCCGUGCGUGAGCCUGGAGACGAGCUUUAUAUUGGAUCGGUGAAAUCAAAUAUUGGUCACCUCGAGGGAGCGGCUGGGGUCGCUGGGUUGAUAAAGUGUAUUCUAAUGCUUGAGAAUGGAAGCAUCCUACCAAACAUCCACUUUGAUGAGCCCAACAAGCGCAUUCCAUUCUCCUCUUGGAAGAUUCGGGUGCCCACCUCGGUCAUUCCAUGGCCAGAAAACCGCCUCAAACGAGCAAGUGUGAACUCCUUUGGAUACGGCGGAACAAAUGCUCAUGUCAUUUUGGACAAUACGGAACAAUUUUUAAGCCAAGCUCAAAUCACUCACGAUGAGGUGAUGAGUAUCAGCUCAGAAGAAACUGAUAUUGGCCGUGAGCACAAUCGCCUUUUUGUAUUCAGUGCACCCGAUGAGGCCGCCCUAAAACCCACCAUCUGUCGAGAGUCGUUGGAUAUCUCCAAAGAUGAAGAGAGCCUCUAUCUGGACCGCCUUUCCUACACCCUGAGUAACCGAAGAUCAAAGCAUGGGUGGAAGACUUAUUGCACAGCAUCAAAUAUAACAGAGCUUAUUGAAGCCACAUCAACUAGCUCCAUAAGGACCAUCCGCUCGCCUGAGAAAUCCCGACUUGCUUUCGUGUUUACUGGGCAAGGAGCACAGUGGGCCAGAAUGGGCCUAGAGCUCAUGUAUUACCCUGUCUUUUCUUCCGCCGUUGGUGAAGCCGACAGAUAUCUGAAGGAAACCCUUGGUUGCGGUUGGUCUGUUAUUGAGGAGCUUAAACUUGAUCCAUCUGCUUCCAGAGUUGGGCUGGCAAUGAUUAGCCAGCCAGUGUGUACUAUUCUUCAGAUUGCGUUGUUGGAUCUUCUCAAAUCUUGGAACAUCGAGCCGACAGGUGUUGUAGGCCAUUCCAGUGGUGAAAUAGCGGCUGCAUACUGUUACGGUGCCUUAAGCCGCGAGAAUGCCUGGAGUAUCGCGUACUGGAGAGGAGAUAUUUGCUCCAAGCUAUGUAUAGAGGCGCCAGACGUCAAGGGUUCCAUGAUGGCGGCCGGCCUUUCUAAAGAGAAGGCCGAGGAUUACAUCAAAACAGUCAAAGCGGGAAAAAUUAACGUCGCUUGCGUCAAUUCGCCGUCAUCUGUGACUAUCUCCGGGGAUGAAAGCGGCAUCGAUGAGCUUCAGCUGAACCUCGCUUCGGAUAACGUCUUUUGUCGAAAGCUGAAGGUUGAAAAUGCUUAUCAUUCGCAUCACAUGAAGCUUCUCGCAGACAGAUAUCUCAAACUGAUAUCUCACAUUCAACCUAAUCAGCCAGCUUCCACACCCGUCAAAAUGGCUUCCAGCGUUACUGGUGACGUGAUUCAGCAUGCUCAGCUAGGUCCAGAUUACUGGGUCAAGAACUUAGUCUCGCCAGUGUUGUUCUCCGAUGCCACUGCAGCCUUGAUGAAAGACUCGUCACGUCGGCGGCGCCGACAACGCGAUAGUGAGUCGGCCUUUGACAUCCUGUUAGAGGUUGGUCCACAUGGCGCACUAAGAGGCCCGAUCCGGCAGAUUAUGCAGCAUCACGGAAUCAAGGACACGGUUUAUCAAUCCGCUCUCAUCCGUGGAGAUAAUGACGCCAAGGCAAUAAUCACAGCAUCUGGAGAGCUGCUUCUUCAAGGUGUUCGUGUUGAUAUCUCUGCAGUCAACUUGUUACGAUGGACGCCAAGACCGCUCGUCGACCUCCCAUCUUAUCCAUGGAAUCACUCUCUCACUUUCUGGGCAGAACCUCGCAUCAGCAGGAACUACCACCAUCGAAAGCAUGGCCGACAUGACCUUCUCGGAGCGCCCAUGGCUGAUUUCAAUGAACAGGAUCCGCGCUGGAGAAACUUCGUUCGUGUGAAUGAGCAGCCAUGGAUUCGGGAUCAUGUGGUGCAUUCGAGCAUUCUGUACCCUGGCUCUGGCACCGUUGCAAUGGUAUUGGAAGCAGCACGACAAAUGGCAGAUCCAGAAAAGACAAUCGACAAAAUUGAACUGCAGGAUAUACGUAUUACAAAGGCUAUUAUGAUCCCAGACGAUCAAUUUGGAGUGGAAACCAUCCUCCAAUUCCGACAGCAGCGAAGCCGCCCUAACAAUGUUUGGACCGGUCGCUGGGAGUGGGCUGUUCAUAGCUGUCCUGAGAAUGGCACCCUUGAAGAAAACAGUGCCGGUAUCGUGUUUAUUCAUUACGCCUCGACGAGCCCCGAAGAUUGGACCUGGGGCUCAGCCAUUGCUUCCGAGGCUGUGAAUGACCAAUAUACAGCGGCCAAAGCAGUGAGCACUCGGCAAAUUGAGCCAACGGAUUUCUAUGAGGCCACGCGAAAGGCAGGGUUCAAGUACGGCGAGUGCUUCCAAGGCUUACAGAAGAUCUCGGCUGGCGAGAAUCGCUGCUGCUCGACGAUCAAAGUUCCAGACACGAAAAAUCAUAUGCCAGGCAAGGCACAGAGCCCGCAUCUCAUUCACCCUUCCACCCUCGAUGUUAUUUUUCAUUCCAUUUUUGCGGCUUUGGGAGAUGAAAGCCUGGACUUCACGAAUGCAGCCGUUCCCAUUGCCUUCGAUCGUUUGGUAAUCUCGGCCAACCUUACAUCAGACCCUGACACUCAUUUCAAUGGUUUUGCCAGUGUUGUUCGGGAUGGCCCGCGAGACUUGUUAGCUGAUAUAUACAUGUCGGACUCUGCAUGGGAGGAGCCGAAAGUGCAAGUUACUGGAAUGCGUUGCCGCGAGCUUCCCUCUAGCGAGGCUACUGUUUCCAACGAUCUGAAGGCUCCCUUAGGUACCUUGGCAUGGAAGCCAGACAUUGACUCAAUGGAUGCGGCUGCAUUGAAAAGCUAUCUUUCCAAAGCAUUGGGAAGUCCAGGGCCCAGCAAUGUGGACAAUUAUAAAACCGUCUCCAAUGGUGACGACACAGAAAGGGUUCUAGAGAACUCUAUCUGCGCUAUUGCCGACCUCGCCGCCCACAAAAAUCCCAAUCUGUCGGUUCUGCAGAUCGGAGGCACCGAAACCUUAACUCGUCAACUGCUAUCAGUAUUAAGAGCGGAUUUAGGAUCCGCCGGGUACUUCACAAGCUACACCGUGGCUCACACGGACCCGGAAUGGAUCGAUAAAGCCAAUGAGACGUUACAGGAAUUUAGCGGCAGUGUGGACUUUAAACUCUUCAAACCCAAAUUGGCCAAUGAGACCUUUGACAGUGAAUCAUUCGAUCUCAUUAUCACAGCAAUCGAUGUUUCAGGAGAUGACUACAAAGAGGAUGUAUGCGCUGUGGUGAAGAAGGCUUUGAAGAUGGGAGGAGUUGCAUUACUUAGUGAUGCAAAGGACGGGAGCGAUACAUUGCAAGUUUCUCUAAAUGCGACCGCGAAAAUCUCAACUAACGAUUUAAUUAGGCCCUGGAAGUACGAUUUGAACCUUGCCGACCCGUCUCUUUCGCUUCUGGCUGAGGUUACUUUUGAUCCUACGUCGGAUUCACCCACGCUCGUGCUUGUUUCCAAGUCGCGACUGGAAAGCGAACUUGCUACGGAGACAUUCUACAUCCUUGAGCCUACAAUUUCCUCCCACCGAGUUCAGGAAGUCAGUCAAACUAUUGUGUCUGAACUGACAAGCCGGGGAAUGAACGCCGUCGUUCUUCCUUGGACUACAGAGCUGUCUAAGUUGAAAGGCAAAUCCCUGAUCUCGUUGGUGGAGUUGGAGGACUCCAUUUGGACCAAGUUCUCUCCAGAGGAGUUUGACCAUCUAAAGUCUCUGACUCUGCAAAGUGCUCGUCUGAUGUGGGUCUCUAUGGGUGAUGAUACUUUGCUACAGGUGGCAGUUGGGUAUUUGCGUGUGCUGCAGAACGAAAACCCUCACCUUGAUCUGCGCUACCUCCAUCUCGAGCAAACAGCAAAUUUCCACCGGACAGCAAAUGUUGUUGUCAAAACUGCUACCGUAUCGACUUCCGACCGCGAAUAUGUCGAGACGGAUGGACUGCUGUGCAUCAAUCGCUGGGUCCCAAGAGAUGAUCUCGCGGGGCUUAUCGCAACGAGUAACGAUGUCGAAGGUCGUGAAUAUGUCCAGCUUGGAGAGGCUCCCAGUGGAUUGAAGCUUGUUUCACACAAUGAUUCAAGCAAGUUGUUCUACUUUGAUAUUGACGAGAAAGUCAAAGCGGAGCUAAGUGCAGACGAAGUGGAGAUUGAGGUGAAGGCUAUUUCCAUCAAUGGUGUCGUCUCCAAGGUCGGUAAAGGUUGCGAGAAAUUGAGGGUGGGCAACCGUGUGUGCGCAAUCGAAGCCGGUCCUUACAGCUCAUUCUUCCGGGUCAACGAGGGAAGUUGCGCCUUGCUACCGGAUGUCACUGCAUUCGAAGAGGCUGCUUCUUGGCCAAUUUCUUUCGCAAUUGCGUACCACGCCUUGCAUGUGGUUGGUCGCAUUCAAUCCAACAACACGAUCCUUGUCCAGUCUGCGGCCAGUUCUCUUGGCCAGGCCGUUGUUCAGCUUGCCCUACUGCAGGGCGCAACCAUCAUUGCUACUGUUAGCACGGUUCGGGAGAGCCAAGCAGUGGAAAGCCUUGGAGUGAAUAUGCGACACAUUCUCAGAGAUGGCGACUCCAAUUUGACCGAAGCUAUUGCCCGCCUUACGAACACAAAGGGCGUCGACAUUGUCCUCAACAUCUCUCUGACGGGAGAGCCUUUACGUCAGAUGUGGCACUCUAUUGCGCCUUCUGGUGUGUUUAUUGAUACCAUGACUAAAGAUGAUGCGGCGGGUUCUUCGUUCUUGGACAUGGGUCCUUUCAGGCGAGGGGCCUCCUAUUCGGUUUUGAAUAUGGAAACGCUUAUCCAAACUAACCCCUCAAUUAUGAACCAAGCACUUGCGAACUUGUCAGAGACAUUCUUUGGCCAGACAAUCAAGGGUCUGCGCGGGUUGAAUAUUGUUUCAUCGACCAACAUUGCAGAAGCUUUUGUGCAGGCACAUAUCCAGUCUAGUAUGGGCAAAGUUGUGAUGACAUUUAGCCCAGAAGACCGCAUUUCUGUCCCAACACAUGUUGUCAAUUCACUAUCGCUAGAGGCCGAUGCCACAUAUCUUUUGGUUGGUGGCCUUGGAGGAUUAGGUCGGAGUCUGGCUAGGCUUCUCGUGUCGAACGGAGCUCGGAAUAUCGCGUGCAUUUCCCGCUCAGGAGAUGCCUCUCCCCUCGCGCCGGCCCUGAGACUAGAACUAUCUGACAAGAACGUCCGGGUCCAGAUAUAUGCCUGCGACGUGUCUGAUGAGCAAGGAAUGAAACAAAUUUUGAGCCAGUGCGCCGAGGAAAUGCCCCCAAUUCGAGGUGUCGUUCAGUCGGCAGUAGUGCUAAACGACGCACUAUUCGAAAACAUGACCCUAGAGCAAUGGAACAAUGGUAUCAGGCCCAAGGUUCAAGGAACGCAGCUGUUGCACGAGCUUCUCCCCACCAGUCUAAAGUUCUUUGUGAUGCUCAGUUCCAUUGCUGGUGUCAUUGGCAAUCGAGGACAAGCCAACUACUCCUCAGGCAACACUUUCCAAGAUGGUAUGGCAGCUUACCGACGACGCCAGGGCCUGUCCGCCGUCAGUGUGGACCUUGGUCUGAUGUUGGGAAUUGGAUUAGUCGCCGAGCGAGGUGGGCAUUCCAACCUUCAGAGGUGGGAGACUGUUGGCAUCAACGAACCACAGUUCCACUCCAUCAUGAUUGCCGCGAUGUCAGGCUCAUUCAAGAACAGCACAAUUCCGUCUCAGAUUAUCUCUGGUCUUCCAACUGCAGGGAUCCUACAUCGCGAAAAGCUUGAGAAGCCUUUCUAUAUUGAAGACCCUCGCUUUGCAAUUCUGAACAAGCUACACUUGGACGGCAUAGAAUCCAACGAAGAGAAAACGGAAUCACUGGAAUUCAAACUUAGCCAGUGCCAAUCUUUGCGGGAUGUGAGCGAUGUCACCACUGCGACUUUGUGUGAGAGGCUUGCUCGCGGCUUGCAAACUGAUGUCGGAAAUAUCGAUGCAAGCAAGCCGUUGCAUACAUAUGGUGUGGACUCACUGAUGGCUGUUGACAUCCGGACCUGGGCUCUAACUGAGGCAAAGGCUGAGAUUGCACUAUUUGACAUUCUCAGCGGGAUAAGUAUUGCUGGACUGGCGAGGAAGAUCGCGACAGUUUCCAAGGCCGUCUCCGAGCGACUGGAAUAG